AUGGCCGACGAUCAAAAAGGGAAAGGGCCCCCUAGACCUAUAAAUAAGCUCAAUCCGCUACCAAAGAAAUCAUUAUUUGAGCGCCAGAAAGCCGAAGCCGAAGCCAAACGCGAACGCGAGGCCGCCGAAAAUGCCGCCGCGUUGGAAGAGUUCGUCAAAUCCUUCGAGGAUGAUACCGAAACUCGUCCCUCGGAUCUCCGAGCACACACGCAUGGUCCAGGGCGUGGUGGGUUUGGAGGAGGACCCAAGCGCCAUUUCACCAACUCUGGUCCGCGACGCAGUGGCCCGGGUACACUAGGUCCUCCCCCACCGUCAUUAGCUCGGAAGAAACCGCACGAAGGAUUCACACGUAAUAGAGACUCGGCACCGGGCGCAUUAGGACUCAACCAAGGAGCUACUGGUCUAUCUGGGCCCCGGGCUGCGUUUCGCAAUGCCUCGGAUGAUGAAGAAGAGCAGAGUUCAGACGCGAAAGAGGCUGAGCGAGCAGUUCCAAAGCCUGCGGUACAGCUCUCAUCGCUUCCUCCUGGGACUUCACUUUCAGUAGUCAAAUCAUUGAUUCCUUCUUCGUUGAUUGUUGACAACGUGAACAUGAUCCGACCAACGCCCCAGCACACAACGGAACGAGCAUCAAUGGCUGCCAUUGUCACGUUUGCAAGUGAUACACCGGCAUCCGCUAUUGAUAGUGCGGAACGAACUCGACCUGGACGACCGCUACCCUUGGCUUAUCAACAGGCAGCCCACUACCCUUUGGAGCAAAGAAAGUACAGCCAAACUAUGUUAUCACCAAACGAGCUCCGCCGUCAGGUCCUCAUCGUGGGGGGGAUUGCGCCUCCAAACCCCUCCGUUUCAAAUGCUAGCGGAGGCGACCCUGCGCUAGUGGAAGUCAAAAUACCCUCAGAUAUCAAGCAAUUGAGACUUAUCCACAUGACAAUCGAAAAGCUCAUAACCAAUGGGCCAGAGUUCGAAGCCUUGCUCAUGAGUCGGCCAGAAGUGAUAAUGGAUGAGAAAUGGGCUUGGCUUUUCAACCCACGGAGCCCUGGUGGUGUGUACUAUCGCUGGAAAUUCUUCGAGAUAGUCACCAAUCAUGAUCCUUUAGACAAGGAACCCGUUGCAAUCUUUGAAGAAGGUCCUCGCUGGAAGCCUCCCGCAAAUCACCUUAAAUUCGAGUGGGUUACCCGACUUGAAGAAUUUGUGUCGGAUGACGACUACGACUCAUCUGAUGAAGAAGACCUUAAUGAUGAAGCAGAGAAGCGGAAUCUUGGCGGCGGGCCUCCACCCGAAGGGGCGGGUGGACAAGAAGAUGACGUGAACUACAUGGGCCCAUUGAAGAAGGCUAAGCUCACGCAUCUGUUAGCUCGGCUACCAACAACGAAUACAAAGCUGCGAAAUGGUGACAUCGCUCGAGUCACAGCAUUUGCGAUGGACAAUGCUGCAGCAGGUGCUGAGGAGGUCGUUGAUAUGAUCAUCCAAAACAUCUUAACCCCCUUCGCCUACACCGAAGCCAACCCGAAUCAUAAAGCAGAAAUAGCUGCUAUCAAAUCAGAGAACGUUGACAGUGAGAAAGCUAAUACUACGGAAGCAAUCGAUGUAUCUCCCGCCAAGCUCGUUGCUGUCUACGCUAUGUCCGACAUCCUCGGGGCAUCCGCGGGCAGUGGCGUGCGACAUGCGUGGAGGUACCGGCAAAUGUUCGAAUCAGCUCUUCGUUCACGCAAGGUGUUUGAGCAUCUCGGAUCCCUUGAAAAAGAUCUCAAAUGGGGACGGCUCAGGGCCGAAAAAUGGAAGCGCAGCAUGAACGCCCUUUUCGACAUUUGGGAACUAUGGAGCGCUUUCCAGAUGCCGAACCAGCGUCACUUCAAGGAUGUCUUCGACCAGCCGGCGCUUCUGGAAGAAGAAGAAUCCAAAAUGGAACAAGACAAGGCUGAGGCUGAUCGGGCCGCAGCCGCCUUUUCCAAGAGCCGUUGGAAGGUUGUUGAAAAUGAGCCCGACAGCCGCAAUUUGGACUCGAGCAAGCCUAGUCAGAGUGAAUUUGUAGGCGGGGUUGACAAUAUGGAAGAUGAGAUCAUGAGCGACAUUGAUGGAGUGCCAAUGGUGGAUAGUGACUUGGAAGAUCCCGUUGUCGAGGGUGAUCCAAUGGAGGAAGACAGUCCCCAACAAGAAGUUACCAACACCAAAGAGCCAUCGCCAGCAAAGCUUGGGAACCCUGAAAAGGAGGAGACUACUAUUCGACGCCCUCGCCACCCGCGGCCCAAAGCCCAAGACAUGUUUGCCUCGGAUUCGGAGUGA